AUGCGUGGCAAUCCGGUGCGUCGGCGACUCUUGGGCCGCAAUGGGACGCGCGUGGCGGACUCUCAGGACGUGGCGGCCGGAGAUCGCAAAUGGCAUGUCCCCCUCAGCCGACAAGGGCGCAGGGCUGGCCAUGUUGGUGCCGGCAAUUUCGCCUGCCCCCGAAAUGCCGCGCGUCUCUUCGGUCCGGCUGCUCGUGACGCGUCUGGCAGCUCGGCAUGUGGCAAGAAUGAGCCCCGGCAGCCGACAGGGCCUGGCGUGUACAGCCACUACAUGAGUGGUCAGGGGGCCUGCGACGAGCCCGACCCGGAUGAGUAA